AUGUGCAGCAAGUUCAGGAUCGCAAAAAUGGGCAGCGGCCGCCCAUCGCCCGAUUCUACUCUCAGAGAAUGCAUGAACACACCAGAGCGUAUCUCACUCGUGAACGCAGAGCCCGUACUCCGACGGGCUCUUCAAAGGGCUCUCGACGACAUGGCUUCAGGACAAUCAGCUGCCACCUUUAUCGUUUGCGCAAGGCAUCUUCUACAACAAGGCAAAAUCAUGGAUAUGUCUAUCCUCCGCGACAGAAGCCCGAUGCCACUUUGUACGAAAUGCGUUCAUGAUCAUUUAGCGGCGCUAGUACCGGCCGACAUCUUGGAUCGCAAUUACAAAAUUUACAUCGACAACUGUACAUGCGCAUCCCAACUCCUCGCCGAAGGUCGCUGCUUUUGGUGCGCCGUCGAAGAGCUCCAUGACUGGCGCAAGGACUGGGACUCGAGAUACUCUACGACAACCAAAGAUACCGGCACUCGCAUUCUCAAGUGUCCAUGCGGUAACACACCAGUGCUUCGGGAGGAGACACUGCGCAUCUGCGCCGGAUGUGAGGGCCUAGUGUCUGUGCCGCUACACGGAUUGGACCAGUCAACGCACCUGGCCUGUGUGCCUGGGGCUCGAAGUCAGCGCUUUGUCAACGGCGAAGCGCAAGGUUACCUUGGAAGCUCGACUCCGUGCACAGCACAUCCUGUCGUUGUCUGCCUCUUUCCUCGGUUCGGAGCUCCUCGCAAAGACACUCCUCAAGUCGGCACCGGGCGCCUCGAAGCUCAAGCCCAAAGUCAGGAUCAAGCUCAUCGUUCUAGGAUGGAGGAUCAGCAACGAAUAGCAGCUAAUGCGGAUAUGAUGAGAUAUGAACGACAGUUAGCUGAGACGUCUCGAAUACCGCAAGAGAUGCAGCAAAGACUCCGGCCGACUGUUCGAGGCUCUGGUGAACAUCAGGAACCAGUGGUUCCGACGCCCGUGGAGCAGCAAGAUGCAGAAAAGUACCAGCAGGCUUCACAACGCUUUGGUGAACAGCAGCAACCACUAGCUGCGAUGCCUCAGCAGCAGCAAGAGUUGACAAGGUACAAGCAGGGACCACAAGGCUUUGAUGGAGGUGUGACGGAAUAUCAGCGACCACCAGCCUCUGCGAUGCUUCAACCACAGCAAGACGUAUCAAUGAUGCUUCAGCCGCAGCACGAGAUACCAAGGCACCAGAAGGUCCCACAAGGCUUUGAUAGAGGUGCGAUGGAACAUCAGCGAACACCAGCCGCGAUGCAUCCGCAACCGCAAGAGGUACCGUGGUACCAGCAGGCUCCACAAGGCUUUGAUGGAGGUGCGAUAUGA